AUGUUUUUACAGGUUAAUAAUCACAAAACAUUGGACUGUGUUCACGCACACGUAAAACGCGAUGUGCCAGCGUCGAACGAUCAGAACGACAACAAACAACUGCCCGAUAAAAUUCAAGACCGUGAUGGCGACAUCAUAUGCGGUUCUCAAAUUGGGGUCAAUAAUCACGAGACAUUGGACGAUGUUCACGCACACGUAAAACGCGAUGUGCCAGCGCCGAAUGAUCAGAACGACAACAAACAACUGCUCGAUAAAAUUCAAGACCGUGAAGGCGACAUCCUACGCGGUUCUCAAAUUGGGGUCAAUAAUCACAAAACAUUGGACUAUGUUCACGCUUACGUAAAACGCGAUGUAUCAGCGUCGAAUGAUCAGAACGACAACAAACAACUGCCCGAUAAAAUUCAAGACCGUGAAGGCGACAUCAUAUGCGGUUCUCAACUUGGGGUCAAUAAUCACAAGACAUUGGACCAUAUUCAUGCACACGUAAAACGCGAUGUGCCAGCGUCGAACGAUCAGAACGACAACAAACAACUGCCCGAUAAAAUUCAAGACCGUGAUGGCGACAUCAUAUGCGGUUCUCAAAUUGGGGUCAAUAAUCACGAGACAUUGGACGAUGUUCACGCACACGUAAAACGCGAUGUGCCAGCACCGAAUGAUCAGAACGACAACAAACAACUGCCCGAUAAAAUUCAAGACCGUGAAGGCGACACCAUAUGCGGUUCUCAAAUUGGGGUCAAUAAUCACAAAACAUCGGGUGACGGAGGCAUUGUAAAGCGAAAUGUAACUACUAGUCCGAAUUUAUUGAACAACCUGCAAACUAAUAUAGUACAGUUAAGGAAUUGCGUCGACCAGAGUCUGGCUUCCGUCAUGAGUAAUGUGAAUGAGCAGCAGUUGCAGCCUAUAUUCAAUAUAGUGAGUGACACACUGAAUCGGGUAUCUAAAGCAGUUCACGCACACGUAAAACGCGAUGUGCCAGCGUCGAACGAUCAGAACGACAACAAACAACUGCCCGAUAAAAUUCAAGACCGUGAUGGCGACACCAUAUGCGGUUCUCAAAUUGGGGUCAAUAAUCAGAAAACAUUGGAUUAUGUUCACGCACACGUAAAACGCGAUGUGCCAGCGUCGAACGAUCAGAACGACAACAAACAACUGCCCGAUAAAAUUCAAGACCGUGAUGGCGACACCAUAUGCGGUUCUCAAAUUGGGGUCAAUAAUCAGAAAACAUUGGAUUAUGUUCACGCACACGUAAAACGCGAUGUGCCAGCGUCGAACGAUCAGAACGACAACAAACAACUGCCCGAUAAAAUUCAAGACCGUGAUGGCGACACCAUAUGCGGUUCUCAAAUUGGGGUCAAUAAUCAGAAAACAUUGGAUUAUGUUCACGCACACGUAAAACGCGAUGUGCCAGCGUCGAACGAUCAGAACGACAACAAACAACUGCCCGAUAAAAUUCAAGACCGUGAUGGCGACACCAUAUGCGGUUCUCAAAUUGGGGUCAAUAAUCAGAAAACAUUGGAUUAUGUUCACGCACACGUAAAACGCGAUGUGCCAGCGUCGAACGAUCAGAACGACAACAAACAACUGCCCGAUAAAAUUCAAGACCGUGAUGGCGACACCAUAUGCGGUUCUCAAAUUGGGGUAAAUAUUAUACGAUAG